GUGCGGUCUCUUAGACGGGGUGCCGCUAACGUGUUUCCUGUGACGCAGUACGAUUUUUAAAAUAGUCUCCUUCUUAGUAAUGGCGGCUCCGCAAAUUUCUCGCUCGGGAAAGAAGAAUAAAUGGUACUUUACCCGCGAGCAGAUCGAAAACAGUCCAUCUCGUCGAGCGGGACUUGACCCUGAUAAAGAAUUAUCGUACAGACAACAGGCUGCUAAUCUUCUACAGGACAUGGGACAACGGCUCAAUGUAUCCCAGCUCACCAUCAACACUGCCAUCGCGUACAUGCAUCGCUUCUACAUGAUCCAGUCUUUCACUCGCUUCCACCGAAAUGUGAUUGCCCCUGCUGCCCUUUUUCUGGCAGCGAAGGUUGAAGAGCAGCCACGCAAGCUGGAGCAUGUGAUUAAGGUGGCCCAUGCCUGUCUCAACCCUCAGGAGCCUCCUCUAGACUCUAGGAGUGACACUUACCUGCAACAAUCCCAAGACCUGGUCAUGCUUGAGAGCAUUAUACUCCAGACCCUCGCGUUUGACAUCACCAUUGACCAUCCUCACACACACGUCGUCAAGUGUACACAGCUCGUACGAGGUAAGUGCCGUGGUUUUUUUGUUUGUUUUUGUUUUAUUUGUUUUUUUAAUUGCAUACUUAGUGUUUUAUCCUCCCAGAUGAAUGUGGAAUGCUGGCAGGCUUGUGUGGCAAUAUUUCAUUUGGGAUGUUUUUUGCAUGUUUUGUUUAUUCCAGCGAGUAAGGACCUGGCCCAGACAUCAUAUUUUAUGGCAACCAACAGUCUGCACCUGACCACGUUCUGCCUGCAGUACAGUCCACCUGUAGUUGCGUGUGUGUGCAUUCAUUUGGCCUGCAAGUGGUCUAACUGGGAAAUACCCGUCUCUACUGACAGCAAGCACUGGUGGGAGUACGUCGACCGAAAAGUCACUCUCGAGCUGCUGGACGAGCUCACACAUGAGUUUCUGCAGAUCUUGGAGAAGACACCGAGCCGUUUAAAACGCAUUCGAAACUGGAAAGCAUCGGGUCAAACAGCGAAGAAGCCGAAGGAGGGCGACAAGACAGAGACCAUGAUGAAUAUGAUCUCCAUGGCAUCCUCUGAAAGCACGCUAGCCGGCCUGAUGAGCCUUUCAGCUCCUCCUUCAACCUCCUCGUCCUCCACCCCAACGUCAUCUGCGGAGGAUAAGCAGCCUGUUUUCAAAGUGCCUAACCCACCAGAACCACCUGCUCCUACGAGAGUGUCUCUGAGCGAGUAUCGUGCCAAGCACGCUGACGAGCUCGCCGCACAGAAAAAGAAGCUGGAAAACAUGGAGGCGUCUGUAAAGCGUGAGUACGCCACAGCCGCCCAGGCCCUCAUGAACCAGCAAAGAAAGGAGAAGCACCAUCAUAACCACCACCAGCAGCAAGCUGGCUCGAGCUCCUCAGAGCCCAUCGUCCUGAAGAUUCCGCUAGACGAGAGGCAGGAUCGUGGCUCAAUCAAAAUGCGUCUGCCAAACAGCAGCAAAGGAGCCGAGCAGGACCUGAAAUUAAAGCUCCGCAUCCCAGAGAGACGAUCAGGUCCAGGGGAUGACGGAAAGAACAAAGAGAAGCACAGAGAGCGGUCCAACCAUCAUCACCACCACAAUCAUCACCAUCACCACUCUUCAGGGAGUGGCUCCUCAUCAUCUUCAUCUUCAUCAGCACACAAACACUCCAGCUCUGCGAGUGCUUCCACAAGUAGCAAAAAAGCAGACCCAACCAGAAUGAGCUCAUCCUCCUCGUCAUCCCGAAAGCGAACUCACUCGUCCGAGCCCUCGUCUAGUGCUCACCCUUCUAAAGUCAGCAAGUCGUCCAGGAAUUCGUACCAGCUGCCCCCACUGCCUACUGACAUCCUGCCCUCGCUUGCGCUUUCACACAAUCAGGGAAGCUACUCUCACUCCAAAACGGACAAGGCUGACACCAACGGGCACAGCGCCAGCUCAGGUGGUCAGUCUAAUGAGUUCCAGGACACCUUUGACAUGCUGAAUUCGUUGCUGAGCGCCCAGGGGGUGCAGCCUGCGCAGCCCCAAAUGUUUAACUAUCACUCCCAGUACGGCGACUACAGAUACGGAGCGAGCUCGAGAGGAGGCAACCCGCAACCUCCACCGCUUCCCUCGGAACCCCCUCCACGGCUUCCACCGCUCCCCGAAUGAACCCCCGUCCAUCACACUCUGUCCAUAAACCGUCCCAGGCUUUCCAGAGUUCAUCCCUCCAUCGUCUCCACUUCUAUCAUGUGCAUUAAGAUUUAUGAAAAAUUUACGUACCACUAUAUAUGCACAUUCUGCUUCAGCCUGUUUAAUCCACCCCAAUCAUCCUCGGUGUCCUUGUGCAUGGGUGGUUCCACGGCACCUGAAUGUGUGGCAAUAAUGGCUAUAACUAUAAAAUAUAAACUUUUAAAACUUAGCAAAAAAAAAAAAAUGCAAAAGCAAAAUGUUAUUUAUUUAAAAAAAAUGUACAUACUAUUUUUGUCACUCAGUUUUAUAUAUGCAUUAUGUCUAAAUGGUGAUUAAUAGGAAUUGUGUACCUGAGCAAGGGGGACCUUUUGUGUUUUGUGGUCAUCCUCUUUGAGUAACUGUUGACAAGGAAAAAAAGAGAGAUUUGUUUUUACGUAUGGGUUUUUAACAAUUUAACAAUUAGUGUCUCUUUUUCUAAACUACAAUAUUUAUUGAUAGUCUUUUAAAAAAAUAACUAGAGGUUUUUUUUUUUUGUUUUUUGUUUUUUUGCUUUGGAAGUGAUUUGGAUUUAUUUUUGUAUUGUUUUAGCCCUGUUUGCAUCGUGUUAGUCAUUUUGUGUAAGUUGAAGAAAACAAAAAAAAGUCUAACCCACACAGAUUUGCAUCAAAAUAUUUAAAAAAUCUGGUUAGUUAGUCUCUUAUUUGUUCAGCCUUGUGUUCUAAGGUGGACAUGCAAUAUUUUUCCCAUCUAAAAAAACUUUAAAUGUGUUAUGUUUGCUUUUUUUUUUCUUUUAAAUUUUUUUUAAAGAAUUUAUGGGCCCUUGGUGGAAGCAGUCAUUGUUUUAAAUGGUUGUAAAUUGUGCUCGAAAUUCAACUGAGUGUAUAACAUGUAGAUUUCAUUUUGAUACCAACCCAGGCAGUAUCUUUUUUUUUUGUUUGUUUGUUUUUGAGCAGAAUAUAAAGAUCACGUAUUGGCAGAAGAGACCAUAAGCCAUUGUGAAGCAUUUAUAGACUUUUAUAAACUCAUAACCCAUAUUCAAAUAAUCUGCUUGAAUAUGUCUACCAAAGUUGUAUGCAGCACAGAGGAUGUAGAUCAUAUAGAGAAAUCCAUCCAUAACCAUGCAUAUCAUUUUUUUUUUUGUUUGUUUUUGUUUUUUUCCAGUGAAUUCUAAAAAGAGUUUCCUUUAAAAGAGUUUAUGUUCAGCUUGUUUCUGAGACAUGAACCGAUUUCUACCAUCGCAUUAACGUUAAUGUUGUGCCUGCCUCUGGUUAGUAUAUUUAAUAGGAUGGAUUGCGAUUAUAUCUAUCCAAGCAUUACACAAGCAUUCAUGAUAAGCUCUGCAUGCUAAUGAUGUACUGUUUAGUUUGAGAGUAUUAUUACCACUCAUUCCUCCGAGGCUAUAUUCUGCCAUGACUCAUUACCAAAAGCAUGAAGCACACGCUCCUUAACUCUCCCUACUGAUUUCCUAGAUGGUGCUGGAGAUAAAGGGGUCAAGAUUUUUUCUUUUUUUUUUUUUUUUGGUUUUCUUUUUUUUUUGUGUGUGUUGUAUCGGAUUGUUGGUAUCAUGGGGAUGUGGAAAGGUCGAAUCUCAGUCUCGUGCAAUCACCACUGCAUCUUUUCACGCCUGCAAAGAAAAGAUUUUUUUUUUUUUUUUUUUUUUAAUUAAAUGUACACACCACACUAUGUUCAGUGGUACCACAUGAACUCUCAGGUUUCAGAUAUGAAUUCUUGGAACAUUUCUUGGCAGAAGAAACUUUGUGAACUCUGUUCCUUUUUUCUAAAUGUGAUUGAUAUCUCAUGUAAAUAAAUGUUUUAUGAGAACAUG